AUGCAAUGGAAGUUCCAACCCAAGGAACUUUUGGACACAGCUUGUGCUGUAGCAAGAGAAGGACACUUGGUCAUCGCAGUGAAUGCUGCUUCGGCAUAUCAUGCAGGAGGUGGCUUCACCACAGGAGGCCGUCACGCGUUGGAGGAGUCGAUUUGCAUGCGCUCCACGCUGUUUGCCUCGCUCCAGAAAGCUGAGACUUUGGCCCAGGAUGCGAAGGUCGCCGCCUCCACUCACUGCCGGCCGGAGACUUCAAAACAAAAUAAGCCCUGGGCGUGUCACAUUCCGGAGGUGGGCUGCAUCGUGAGCCCCAACGUGGAAGUCUUCCGUGGAGGAACUGGGGAGGGAUAUCCCUUCUAUUCGCCUGAUGAGGUCUCCAAGAUUACCAUCGUCAGUGUGGCUAUGCCGAACUGCAACGAGAAGGUGACGGAUGCACCGGUGGACUGUCCAACAGAUGAAGCAGUCUAUGAGAAGCUCAUUCGUGACAAGUUCCGUGCUGUUCUGAGCGCAGCCCAAGAAGAGAUCGCCUCCCAGUCGCUCCAACCGGCGGCGUUAGUGAUCCCCGAUGUGGGCUGUGGGACCUAUGGCAACGACCGGAAGGUGGUGGGACGACUACUGGGCCAGGCACUGCGAGACUUUGGGCCGAUCUUCUCGGAAGUUCACGUGGUAGGCAGUCAAGCUGAAGACUUGUUCAAUGAAGCCAAGCAGCAGUUUGCAGAAGCAUGA